GUUCACUCCUUCCUACUUAUUCUAUUCCAGUUUCAAUCACAUACCCCCAAAAGCUCUCAGCAGCACCUUUUGAUACCGUUGUAUUCUAUCGCCAAAAGCCAGCACCAUGGGCCGACCUCUCUUUUCUUCCAAACUUACCCAAGAUCCCGUCAUUCAUGUAGAACCCGAACUGACACCUCAUCCUACUUACGACACUUGGAACGUGAACGCCUUUGAUCCGGACUCUGACGAGUUCUUCAACAGCGAUGACGCGGUCUACGAGGCCUUCGUUGACCCCGCACAGUUACCGCAGAUAGAUGUCGGGGUUGGGCCUGUCAUACCACCAGAGCUCAGUGAUGAUAGUAGCAGCUCGAGCGAGAGUGAGAGCGGCAGGGACACUCCUGUAGAUGUGACGGACAAUCGCUAUACGCGCCUUGGACUGGAGGUGCAACGGGCGGAGAGAAUGAGGAACACGCGUCCGAGUCAUUAUCCUAACACUCUCCGCGCUCCUCGCAUGGUACGAGAGUCGAGCGAGACCAACGCGUUUGGGCGUACCACUUUGGUCUUCCAUUCACGUCUCAGAGUUCCUCCAGAUAACUUGGAGGAUUCUUCCGUUGAAAUAGACACAUCUGCACCCAUUCCCAUUAUUCCUCCUCGCACAUCUCCUGCCCCUCAUCCAAUCAUCGAUGACGCUCCUUUAACCACCCCUCCUUUAGUUGUUCCGGGUCGUCCAUCUACUCCUCCCACUCAGUCCAAUCUCUUCUACAGUACCUCUUCAUCCGCCCCUUCUGUCACUCCUCGGCUCUACACUUGGAACGCUCGCAGGAACAUAUACAGCUCCACGCCAGGCCCUCUUCCAAACCGCGGCGCACGCAUGUCUGUUGCUCACAUCACCCCCGUCGUUUCUCAUGUCGUUGGAUAAUCAGUGACGGAAUAUGAAGAGUCGAGAGCACAAACUACAGUAUUCUGACUCUCCCACGCUUACAAACGCCUAUACACACACGUUCCCUUUCUUACCCCAACUACCAUGAUUACCAUUUUAUUUCAUCCCAUUCCUUUCUAUGCUUAACGGUUAUUGGCUAUGGUACUUGUACCUCUAGCUUGGGUUUGUACA